CACGCGUACCUCGCCACAGGGAUAAAUACCUUGAUUCCUUGCUGCAAAAUCUAGAGAGGACACGGCCUUUAACCUGGGAUAAGAACCAUCUCACCACACAUCAUGAAGAUUCUGGUGAUGCUGGCCUUGUGUGCCCUGACUGGGUCGAUACUCGCUGCUCCGGAUCCUUCGCCCAACCCUAACCCUCUGGCCAGCCCUGAUCCAUUGCCCAAGGCUGAUCCUGUCGCUCUUCCCGACCCUGACCCACAUCGAAGUCGAGGAAGGGGUCGAGGCAGCCGUUUCGGAGGAUUUACGGUCGGCUUUUCAGGACAUCGUGGUGGUGGAAGGCAUCGUGGUUUUUCAGGACAUCGUGGUGGUGGAGGGAAUCGUGGUUUUUCUGGACAUCGCGGCGGUGGAGGAUACUUUGGAGGUGGAAAUCUCAUCAGUUUUCUUACUGGUAGCCAUGGUCUCUUCGGUAGCCGUGGUAGACCUAGUAGCCAUGGUAGACCUAGUAGCCAUGGUAGACCUAGUAGCCAUGGUCUCUUCGGUAGCCAUGGUAGACCUAGUAGCCAUGGUAGACCUAGUAGCCAUGGUCUCUUCGGUAGCCAUGGUAGACCUAGUAGCCAUGGUAGACCUAGUAGCCAUGGUAGACCUAGUAGCCAUGGUCUCUUCGGUAGCCAUGGUAGACCUAGUAGCCAUGGUAGACCUAGUAGCCAUGGUGGCCAUUCUAACUUUGGAAACUUCGGUGGGCACUCUGGUGGGCAUAGCAGUCAUGGACAUUUUGGUUAACCCGGCAGCAUCGUCCACACCAACUUCAUUAUUAUACCGCCACUACUAAGCUGACCCAGCAUGAUCUGUCCAGCCCCUCUCACCACCUACAAAAGAUAGAUUCAACCACCGAUUCUCCAACUACCACCACUACUACAACUACCACCCCUACAACAACUACCACCACUACAACAACUACCACCACUACAACAACUACCACCACUAC